AAAUAGUUGAGAGUGUCUGGCCGCCGGGUUUACUACGGAGCUGGCAACACUGGUCUCCGUACGACUACCCACGUGAUCGGAAGUAAAUAAAGUUCCCGCGUUGUUCCAUGCAGCGAAGAGUGUGUUUCCAGGGUGAUCAACGUUGCGCCGCCAUGGAUGAGCUUUAUUUAGACAACAUUGACGAAUAUGUUAACGAUCAGAAUAAAAUUAUAUUAACUCAAUUUCAUCGAUUUUGUUCAAACAGGUCACCUAUAAAUGGCUGAGUCUUACUCUUGGUGUCCAUGUUAACACAGCUAAACAAAUGCUGUAUCACUACAUAGAGCAGCGACGGAAGGAGCGGUCUGGAAACACUCUGCAUGCAACUUACUUAGUCUCUGGGAAGUGCUUGGAGAACGGCAACAUGUGUCAUAAGGUGUCAGUAGUGCGUGAAGACAAGCUUGAGGAUGUAAAAUCCAAGCUGGAUGUGACGAUUAGCGUGCAUGUGUACAGUGUUCAGAAAGCUGAGCUGAAGGACAGUGCACCGCUAUACAGUACUGACUACGAUGCUAUGAAAGAGAACCUUAAAAACUGCAACAAGUACAGUGCAAUUCGCUGUGCCGCUGCUGUACCGAUAUCCACAGCAGAGUUACAGAGGGCUCAAGAAAUGGUCAUGUCUACUGCAACUGACAAAGAGGCCAAUAAACCUGUUGUCAACAACUACACAGCACCUGCAUCCAAACCUACCUCCAAACAGCCAAAAGGCAUCAUGGGGAUGUUCGCAAAUAAAGCAGCUCCUAAAAGUGAAGAGCAGAGCAGAGAGGUGAAGAUGGAGCAGGCUGAUGAUCCAUCUCCUGCUGAAGGACAGAAAACAAAGUUGUCUUCCAAAGCUAGCGCUAUGAACAAUUUUUUUGGGAAAUCAGCAGACAAAAAGCUUGACAAAGCAGACAAAAACGUAAAAGAAAAGGCAGAUGGGGGUCCAACGUCAUCACUUGCAGGGAGCACAAAACAGUCUUGCAGUUCAUCCAAACCUAAGCAGAACAUAAAGGAGGAAUUACCGAAGGUAGAUGAAGUGAUUAAAGAUGAUGCCAAAGAGACCCGGAGUAAAACGAAGCGUCUAGAGCAUUUGCACAGUGAAGAUGAACGAGUGGAGAUUCAGAAGAAAAAGAGACGGAGGAUAAAAGAUUCUCAGCCUGACAGCAGUGAUGAUGAGGUAAUUCCAGAUUCUCCACCUGCACCUGAACUGCAGAUACCAAGUCCUGAAAAGCAUGUGAAAAAGGAGCCUGUUUUACAUAGCUCUGAGGGCAGGAGGAGGAAGAGGAGACGGGUAUUAAAGUCCCGGACAUUUAUGGACGAUGAAGGCUGUAUUGUGACAGAGAAAGGCUACGAGAGUGAAUCUUACUCUGAGAGUGAAGACGAAUCCAAGGCUCAACCUUCUGAGGAUUCAAGCUCAGUCAAGCAGCCACUCUCAAGGUUGGAUGAGGAGAAAAAGGUCAAAGAGAAAAGUCAGAAGAAGGCUCCUUCUGCUACAAAUAAAACAACAAAACAGGCAUCUAUCACAGGCUUUUUCCAGAAGAAAUGAACUUCUUACGUGGGAUUUCUGUCUGUGUUCCACUGUGACCUUCCAAUACUUUUAUGACCGGAUAUUUAUUGUACUGGACUUCAGUACAAUAACAAACCAAUGGGUGUGCCUGUAAAGCUUAUCAGGUGUUUUGAUCAUUAGUCCGUUUAUAGAGGAAACCUCCGAGGUGCUGGGAUACCUGUAUGUGAAAGAUUUUCGUCUGGGAUUAUUCUUGAAUAUCCAUCACCGAACAUCCUCUGUGUACUGAGUGACGUUCUUUGUUAUGCUGAAUAUUAAAUAUUAAAAAUAUGAAACUUUAAACAAUAAA